CUCCCUCGGCUCGCAGCCUCUCUCCCUCCCUCUCCCCUCCUCUGCUCCCUCCCUCCGAGCCCAAUUGCUCAAGCUGCUUCCUUCCCCAACGGCGGCGCCAGUUCCUCUGCCGGAGGGGCCCGGGAAGGGCAGCGACCGCUCGACACUGGAAGCGCUGCGACGCCAGCGGCCGGACCAUGGCCGAGCCCCGAGGGGCCGCGAACCCGGGGCCCAAGGCCUCCCUGGACAUCGCGGCGCCGAGCUCGCGGAGCGCCGCGCCACCCCGCCUCCCGAGAGUGGACACCGGCAGCCUGGGCAGGUACCGGGACCACGCCGCCGCCGCCGCCGCCGCCGCCUCCCGGGACUCCCUCUUGCACGGCUCGCUGAUGCUCUCGGGAACGGGCACCAGCCGCCGGCGCGGGGCGCUGCGGGAGCUGCUGGGGCUGCAGGGGGCGGCCCCCGCCAGCCGGCUGUCGGAGGAGCGCGCCGAGGAGCCGUCUCCGGCCGGGACCAGCGGGCCGGGGGGUGGCGGCGGGCUGUGCCUGGAGCCCCACGAGCACGCGUGGAUGCUGGCGGCCGCUGAGGGCCGCCUUGAGGUGCUGUGGGAGCAGCUGGAAGCCGAGCCCGGGCUGCUGCUGCGGUGCGACCCGAUCACGGGCUACACGGUGCUGCACUGGCUGGCCAAGCACGGGUGCCACGAGGAGCUCAUCCUGGUGUACGACUUCGCCCAGCGCCGGGGGCUGCAGCUCGACGUGAGCGCCUCGGGCAGCGGCGGCCUCACGCCCCUCCACCUGGCGGCCCUGCAGGGCCACGACAUGGUCAUCAAGGUGCUGGUGGGCGCCCUGGGGGCCGACCCCACGCGCCGCGACUACAGCGGCCACCGGGCCUGUCACUACUUGCGGCCCGACGCGCCCCGGAGCUUGCGGGAGCUGUCGGGGGCCGAGGACUGGGAGACCGCGAGCAGCAGAGGGCGGAAGAACGCCAACAACAACAGCAGCGGCGCCACCGCCGCGUGGACGCUGCGACGGACCCCGAGCGCGGUGGGCGCGACCGCAGUGGAGAAGAACUGCACGCCCCGAAAGGAGAAGGACUACGCGGGCAGCCGGGUGGCGCAACUUCAGGGCCUUUUCCGCCAAAUAUUCCCCUUCUUCCAAGACCGGUGAGGGCGACAGAGAGGCUGGAGAGCACGGAGGGCCGGCGGCGCCGCGUCGAGGCCUCGGUCUCGGGUUGCCUCAGGCCCCACCCGACGGGGCGGCAGCUCGGGUCGCAGGCAGCCCAAUGCGCUGGUCCUGCAAGCAGCGGACCCCCUCCGGGUUUGUCUCAGGUACCUGCCCCAGGUCUCUCCUACAGCCACCGGCCAGGAGACCUGGGGACCAGGGUACCCUCACAGAGAGAGAGAGAGAGAAAGAGAGAGAAAGAGAGAGAAGGAGCAAAGACCGAGCUGCCCAGACGCCAGAGUCCCAAAACUACGGGACUAAGGAAGGAGUUGGGAGUGGGAAGGCAGUCCUGCUUGGGAGAUGAAGAGUUACACUUCCAAGAGUCAUUUCUGGGCAGGCAGAAGCCCUGGGUUUAUUAGGAAGCACUUGCUAGAAGAACGAGUUAACACUGUAAAACACUGAUAACAGAGGAAACACCUAACCGAAGGUUUGACUAGGCUAUUUCUGGGGGCAGAGUCACCCUUCCCCCCAGCCUGCUCCUGACACAUCCAGGCUUUACUGGUACUUUUGCUAAUGUAUCACGGAUGACUUCUUAAACAUAUUAAAGCGGAGUAUGUUUUCC